CUUACUUGACUCCCACCACCAUGUCUGACACUGCCGGAAAAACCAUCAAGUGCAAGGCCGCUGUCUGUUGGGGUGCUGGCGAGCCUCUCAAGAUCGAGGAGGUCGAGGUUGCCCCUCCGCAGGCUCACGAAGUUCGCAUCAGGAUUCUGCACACAGGAAUUUGUCACACGGAUGAGUACACUCGCAGUGGCAAGGACCCAGAGGGUCUCUUCCCGGUUAUCCUCGGCCAUGAGGGUGGGGGCAUCGUCGAAUCCGUUGGUGAGGGCGUCACCGGUGUGAAAGUCGGCGACCAUGUUAUCCCGCUUUACACUGCUGAGUGCCGCGAGUGCAAGUUCUGCAAGAGCGGCAAGACCAACCUUUGCGGCAAGGUUCGCGCCACCCAAGGCAAAGGUUUAAUGCCUGAUAACACUUCCCGUUUCUCUAUCAAUGGCCAGCCCAUCCACCACUUCAUGGGUACUUCUACCUUUUCCCAGUAUACUGUAGUUGCGGAUGUCUCCGUCGUUGCAGUUAACCCUCAGGCACCUCUCGACAAGGUCUGCCUCCUCGGCUGUGGCAUUACCACUGCGUGGGGCGCCGUGGUUAAGCAGCCCGGAAUCACUGGUUCUACAGUUGCUGUCUUCGGCUGCGGCGCCAUCGGUCUCGGUGCCAUCGCUACUUCCUCACUCGUGAAGGCAUCUCGCGUCAUUGCCGUCGACACCAAUUCCGACAAGGAGUCUUGGGCGCGCAAGUUCGGUGCUACCGACUUUAUCAAUCCAGCUAAGCUUCCUGAGGGCCAGAAGAUCCAAGAUUACCUUGUUGAGCUGACCGAUGGCGGCCUCGACUAUACUUUUGACUGCACGGGCAAUGUUCACGUCAUGCGUGCUGCUCUCGAGGCAUGCCACAAGGGGUGGGGUAUCAGCACCAUCAUUGGCGUUGCCGCUGCUGGCCAGGAGAUCUCCACCCGUCCGUUCCAGCUCGUCACCGGACGUACGUGGCGCGGUUCUGCUUUCGGCGGCGUGAAAGGGCGCACCGAGCUUCCCGGUCUUGUUGAUGAUUACUUGGCCGGCAAGGUCAAGGUCGACGAAUACGUCACUCACCACAGGACUCUUGCAGACAUCUACGAAGGCUUCCACGACAUGCACUCUGGCAAUUGCAUUCGCUGCGUUGUUGACAUGCAAUAAAUGUUCGCGUACCUUUAGUAGAAGCAGGACAAAUAUGAUCGUGUAGCAAAGAAGCCAAUAUCAACUGUAUUAGUGUGACUAGCAAUUCAAUGCACGUGUUCUUGAAUAGGACUUUUAUGCGACUAUGCUAUUACAAGCUGUAUGAACACAAUGACUUGCCCGUGUGGCGCUGCAAGUUCGGAAGCAAAACAUAGAUCAAACACCACGAUCUACGAGGACGCGCGGAACCUGCCGGCCAACGAGAAUCCACCACAAACGUUGAAGAGUGUCCCGCACGGCCUGCCUCCUUACACCACUUCGCCGCCAGAACAUUCUCAAGACGGCCAAGACACAAAGUAGGAAGGAAACAUCUAACAUCAGCCGUCUUAUGACGACUAACGUUGGCGAGCGAUUGUCGUUGUACAACAAGAAGUCCGUCAGCUUGCGAAAGCGGGACAGAAUCGCGGCGAGGGGGUUCAGGAUCAGCGACCACAUCCCCAUGUCUUCAAAUGUAAAGGAGUCGUGGGAACUGCCAGGGGGACUAACACCUCUGUUGCCAGCUAGCCAUUGAGGCGAGCGUACACCGCUGCCACUGACCAGCAAAGUCGUUGAUCUAUACGCCAUGGUCUCGAGAGAAUCGAUGCGUUCGGAGAGCGCCGCAAGAUGUGUUUGCACGUUUUGUAUGGCCCUCUCGAGAGCAAUCAGUGGAGGUGGGUUGCUCUGUAGGGCGUAGGGCCGGCCUGUGUACUCGGGUUGCAUGCUAGCGCUCCGGUAUGGCAAUUGUACUGGCAUCCGAUCCGGUGGAGACACGAUUUCCGUCCUCGUUAAAUGCGAACCGUGUGCGUGGUAGGAAGCAGUCGAUGCAGCAUAUGUGGACGGCGGCACAGAGGAGUGCUCGGCAUAAGCCGAUUCUGUCUCAAAUCGUGGCAUUGGCUGGGUAGGGGGAACACUCAUGCUACCUGCUUGUGGCGACAUGUGCAUGGACGCCAUGGGUGUGCGGUAUCGUCGUGACGAGAGCGAUGAUUGCGGACGGUUCAUUUGUUGGACGUACGCUGAGGGCGGUACAGGUAGCGGCGGACGUAGUUCGUCUGUCAAUUCAUCGUCCUCUUCUCCGCUGGGGGUCGGGUCUUCGUACUGAAUGUCCACACCGCGGUGUUGAGGAUGGGCAUGAGAGUCAGACGCGUAUAACGACUGGCUAACAGUUGGAUAUUGGCGCGUCCCAGUCGAGUAGUGUAGUCCUGACGGCCCUGCAUUGGAAGAGCCGGAACUUGAGGAGCUUGAAGAACGAGACCUGGAGAAAGAUCCACUCAUCACGAGAUCUGGAGUUUCCGCAGUAUAAGACUCGAGUUCCCUCACAUAAUCCAUGGCGACAGUUUUGUCUGAAUAUCUCCGAAGCACCUUCAGGAGAGCUUCAACAUACAUGAUCUUUGCCUGAUACGCAUCCAAAUCCUUGUACUUGGCCCACGCAUCCCACUUGGCUCGGGCAAGCAGCUCCCAUAUAGGCGGGCGGGGGCCUUGCACGUUGCCCAUGGUCGCUUGUUUAAACAGACUAUACAUGUUCAGCUUGGCUUCAUAGCCCGUCUCCAUCGGGCCAAUCUUCGAGAAAUUCUGGACAAUUUCAACCGCACGGUUGAACUGUGCAUCGAUGACACCGUGGGGGUCCAUAAUGUCCGUUGCGCUUGCGAGGGAUUGUACGAGUCUAUGUAAGGUAUGUUGCGGAUGCGGUGGAAGACACAGUAGAGUGGGAUGAUACGGAGAACUUGCC